AAGUGCUACUACUGUCAAAUCAAUGUCUAAAAUAUUGUAAAAUAAAGAAAUAAAUAUGUAUAUUAAAUAAUAUAAAUGCAAUAAGUGCAUUUUUUAACUUAAAACGCACAGAUAAAAUAAUAUUUAUAACGUAUAUGUUACUAAAUGAAAUUUGCGGCUUUUUAGUGCCCUAACCUCAAAAUUUGUGCAGAUUCUAAAUGAACCAAAUAUUCUGUGAUAAAAUCAUAUUCUUUAUGUAUUAAUUACUAAAAAUGACCAGGCAACGCAAAAACAAGCCCCCAGUUGUGGAAAAAGCAGAGGUAUCUCGAAAUGGAAAUAAUUCUAAUACACCAAAAAAUGCUACAAAGAAAGCUGCAAGCAAUAAUAAAGUUACAGACAUGUCGAAAUGGAAAACUUUAGUCGGAUGCAUUUGCUUACUUGUAGCCUUAGGAUUUGGUUACAUGGGUUAUUUGGAGACUAGGGUUAAUACUCCUUUUGAUGACCAAAAGAUGGUGCCUCCUCCAGACCGUCAAGACAUGCAGCGUUUUUGGGGCAGCUACAGACCAGGUGCCUACUUCGGUUUAAAAACAAGAGAUCCGUUAUCUUUAGUAACCGGACUUAUGUGGUAUUUUCCACAACGGUUACGUCCUGGAGGCGAUGGUGUCAGACAUUGGUGUGAGCAGAGUGAUGAAUUAGCCAGGUACGGCUGGUUGCAGCACGAUGGCAGGAAUUUUGGGUAUCAGGAAAUCAUUGAUGGGCAGUUUGAAUUUAAGACUUCUUUUGUGAAGAUGCCUGAUUUGGGGACACGAGGAGGGGUUUGGACAGCUAGGGUAUCUGUUGAUAGCAAGAGACCUACACAAGAAGAAGUGUCUUUAAUUUGGUAUACAGCUCUUGAUGAACGAGACACAAAAGGUUCAAGUGAAAUUAAAACAUACUCAGCAAGAAAAUCUCUUAUAACAGGAAUGCAGGGUUAUACAAAAGGACUCGGAGAGUUUACAAUAUCUCUAUAUAACCAUACAGGUACUAUAAUACACGAAUCCUACCUGAGCACCAUUACUCCUGGUUUGCAUGUUCUGCGAGAUACUCUGAUGACCGGUUUACGUCUGGUUACUGACAGAAAUAAUAAACAAAAAAAAUUCAUUGCUUUGGCUGGUGAAUUGUUAGAAGAACCUGAAGGAAUGGUGGAUCCAAAUUUUAUAGCAACUCAAAUAACUGUUCGGACCCCAUUUGAAUUUGAUGUUGUUUUUGAGACCGAUGAAGUAGAAAAUAAUUUAAAAGGUGAAGAAUAUACAAAAGUGCUUGAGGAGCAUAGAAAGAAAUUUGAGGACAAGUUUGAAGAUUUAUUUGGACUUAAAAAGAAAGGCUUCUCAGAGAAACAAAUAUCAUUUGCACAAGCAAGCUUAGCGAACAUGAUAGGUUCUGUUGGAUAUUUUUAUGGAUCAUCUAAAGUUAAAAGCGAAUAUACUAAAGAACCUGUGCCUUAUUGGAAAGCUCCGUUGUAUACUGGAGUACCUUCUAGGAGUUUCUUUCCUCGUGGCUUUCUAUGGGAUGAAGGAUUUCACAAUCUUUUAAUAUCGACUUGGGAUUUAGAUAUAUCUCUGGAUAUCAUGGAACAUUGGUUUGAUUUAAUGAAUGUUGAAGGAUGGAUACCUCGAGAGCAGAUUCUAGGAUCUGAAGCCCUAAGCAAAGUCCCUGAUGAAUUUGUAACACAACGUAACACCAAUGCAAAUCCUCCAACAUUCUUUUUAACUUUAAAAUCUAUUUUGGAAAAUUAUUCAGAAAAAUUAAUAGAGGAUUCAAGAUUGCAACGAUUGGAGAGAUUAUAUCCACGAUUACAGGCUUGGUUCAAUUGGUUCAACACAACCCAAAAAGGUGAAAUGAGUGGCUCUUAUCGCUGGAGAGGUCGAGACUCAAACACUAGGAAAGAACUGAACCCGAAGACUCUCACAUCAGGUUAA